AUGAGCUGGCUCACGCAGAGUGAGCUCCAAAAGGAUCUGAAAAGACAAACAUUCAAAGGGACGCCCCUUUCUCUUGCCACAACCCUCAACAUGAAGUCUUCCUUGCCCAUUCUUACGCUUUUAAUUGUCUGCCUCGCGACAUGGAAUGGUGUGAGCGCUUCCGUAUUUUUGCCGUACGGCGCGCAGUCCACGAGGAGUGUGCGUUCCUUCGCGAGUCCAUUGGCGUCCAAGAAGAUGGAUCGCAGUAGCAGUAGCCGCGCCGAACUCCGUCGUGUGCUGCGCGAGCGGCGCUCAACUACUUCCAACGCGGCUAUGGCGAUUCCAGGAUACGGAGUUGCCGAGCAAGUCUUCGUUGGCGGCUUUCUCAACUUUUUGAGUAUUUAUAAUAUUGUUAUUACGGCCCGCAUUCUACUGAGUUGGUUCCCUCAAGCGCAGGGGGUGGCUCUUUUGCAACCGGUGUACGCCAUUACGGAUCCGUACCUUAAUAUUUUUCGAGGAAUUAUUCCGCCAAUCUUUGGUUUGGACUUAUCUCCGCUUUUGGCGUUUUUCUUGCUGAACGUUGUAACCAAGUCGACAGCGGCCAUUGGGUACGAGAUUCCGCCACACUUGCAAGACAAGUACCAGAACAAGUCUGUCUUUGGACGAUCGGAAAACAAGUUUAGCAAUUUCGGCAAGCGCAAGAACAACAAAAAAAACCUCUCGAUGAAUCCCUAG